UUUUUUAACGAAGACUUUUUUAGAGUUCAGAAAUGAUCAUGCUGUUCCAAAGUCUUACCACUUAUAUGAACUUAGCGCUUCCAUGAAGCCAGCAACAGCUAUUGUGACACCCCUACAGGUGUGAAUUCACCUGGACACACAUUUACUGUAAGUUAGAGGGUCAACAGACCAUGAACAGGAAGCAGAAGGCGAUGUUUAUUCUGGUGUCAUACAACUGACACACUCUUUCACAUUUCCUGCUCAAUCAUUUGGGUGGGUAUCAUUUGAUGGUGUCGGAAUAUGCUGAGUGAAGGCUUCCUGACCACACUGAAGUACAGGGGGGACAGUGUUGACUCCCCUGCAACCAAACAGCUCAAAAACAGUCCAACAGCACCCCCUGCUGAAACCUGUGUAGACAGCAGCUUUCCCCGGUCACCCCGAACUCCCAGGUCUACCAAAGUUGGGAGAAAGACAGCUCCAGAGCAGUCCGAUAAGACUCGGCUGAUAAGAGUCCCGGGCUCUGCCAGCCGCUCGGUCCCCAGGAGCAGUGCAGACGAGUACUGGGGCCUGGAGCUCUACCGCUCCUGGUGCUGCCCCAGCCUGUGCAAGAACUACCCCGACCUGCAGCUGGGCGGGGACCAUCUCGGAGACCGCAGCUCCCAAAGCCCGCAGUGGCUGGUGGUGCCGUCCAACGACGACGGCCCCCUGCUCAUGUCCCAGGACCUGGGCGAGAUGGAGGCGCUGCCGGGGCCUGAGGUGGCGAGGGAGCGCGGCGCGUGGCUGGGGAACCAGGCCCGGCACAACGACGACGGGUACAUGGUGAUGGAGACCAGCAUGCAAGGGCUGGACUCCAUCAGGAGCCAAGAGAGACCGUCCAACUCCAUGCUGAACGGGUACCUGGAGACCAAGUGGCUGGAGGUGUACCGCCAGCACAUGCAGGACACGCUGGCGCGCGGCAGGGCCUCCUUGAGCCCUGGCCUGGUGCCCGCCAUGGUGCCAGGGGACCUGCCGGUGCCCGGCAGCCAGUGGAUGGCACAGGAGGAUGGAGCUGCCUGUAACUCCAUUCACUACCUCAGCACCUGUAGCCUGCCGCCCAGCUCGCAUUUCAGCUCUCCUGAGCUGAGGAUAUCCGCCUCUCGGCCCGACCAAUAAAAACUGAACGGUCAGUUAACCAUUAAAAAUGUAAUCUCUUCAUCCUCAAGCCCCUGCCUGCCAAGCUCGACUUUUACUGUAGCUUGCUAAACCCAAACAGAACGGGUACAUGGACAGCACUGAAGCAGCCAUCUAGACUACACGGACAAAUCGCUGUCACACCUGUGGAACAGUUUUAGCAAGGGGUUUGGGAAGGCUACUAUUGAAAUGCAAUAGGCUACAGAUUCUACCCUAUAAUAAAUGUAAUAAGUACAGUAUCAAAACUAUUUUUAUUACUUCAUCAAAGUAAUGUAACAUUAAAUGUGAUUACUUUUGAUUAGUUUCUGAUUGGUAUAGUGGUAAUGCACAACUACAGAAAAAAAUAUUUCGGAGGCCUAAAAUUAUGUGCUGCUAAUUAUUUGUGCUUUCUGCAUAAUCAAUUAAAUAUGUGGUUGUGAAUGUG